CAAGAUGGCGGCGGCAGGGCGGCGGCACGCGCCGCCUUCUCCCUUGUGAGGCCGCGCUUUUCCUGCGGCCCGCGCGCGGUUGGCAGCAUGGGUCUCCCGCCGCCGUCCGCUCUCCUGCCGGGACUCCUCCUGCUGCAGGGCGUCCUGAGGCCGCUGCGGGGUGACCUGGUGUUCGUCCCCCCGGUCCUCCGGAUGUCCAGCCCCGAGGUCAGCGUCUCCCUGGUGGGGGCCGGCGAGGAGGUGACGGUGUCCCUGGCUGAGCUGCCGGCGGAGGCGGGAGUGUUGCCACUUCCAGCUUGUAGCGAGCCGAGCAGGGUCACCGGAAACUGGAGUGUGACCGUGACCCCCCGGGGUGUGAAUGUUCUGGAAGUGACUGUGGGCUUGAAUGGCAGUCUGCAAUGCUCCUCGAAUGAGACCGAUUCCUUCUCCGACAUGCCAUGUCUUCUCCAGACCCUCCUGGUCUCAGCAUCUCACAAUUCUUCCUGCUUAGCACAUCUCCUCAUCCAGGUGGAGAUUUAUGCCAACUCUUCUCUUGCCCACAAUGUAUCAGAGAACAUGACUGUCAUUCCUAACCAGAUGUAUCAGCCCCUGGGUUCUUGUCCUUGCAACUUACUGGCCGGGGCCUGUGACAUUCGCUGCUGCUGUGACCAGGAAUGCUCCGACCAGUUGCAAGAGCUGUUCAGGCCAUCCUGCUUCUCAGGCGUAUUCGGGGGAGAUGUGAGCCCUCUGUUUGACCAGCUCUGCUCUGUGGGGACCACUCGCCCUGUCCCUGACUGGUUUCCCCUCCUGUGUGUGCAGUCAUCCCUGGCCAACUCACCCUUCCUUGGCCACUUCUACCACGGAGCCACUUACCCUAGACGGGACCCAGCCUUUGAAUUCUACCUUCAGCCUGGCUUCAAAGACUUGUCUCAUCUCGGUUACAGACAGGGAGAUCCAAUUAUGACCGUGAAGAAGACAUAUUUUACUGUUCCUCAGGUGUCCCUGGUAGGCCAGUGUCUGCGGGACGCCCCAGUGGCCUUCCUUCAGAACUUUGCUACUGAGUGUGCUACUGAUUUGGAGACGUACCAGGAGCCAGACAGCAUCAUGAAUGUGGAGAUAAAGAGCGGGGUAAUGGGAGGCACAAUCACCCCAAUGGUGAUCUACGAGGAAGCUGCUGGCCUGGACACCUUCAUCACCAGCACAGAAACAUUUUUAAGCAGUGGCUCAGCCCCCAGAAAAGUGAACGUGGAAGAGCAUUACACUUUCAGAUGGCACAACAACACCAUCAGCGGGAUCAGUGUCCGCAUCCUUAGGGCAAAGAUCCAUGCCCACCAGAAAGGGAUAAUGACACAGAGAUUUACAGUGAAGUUUUUAAGCCAUGACAGCAGUAAUGAAAAGGAAUUGUCUGGAAAUCCAGGUUACCAGCGUGGCAAGCCUCUGCGAGUCCUCAAUACCAAUAGGGUGAACAAUGUCACAGCUUUACAUCUUUGGCAUUCAGCUGGACGAGGCCUGUGUACAUCAGCAGCCCUCACCCCCAUUUUAUUUGGAGAAGAUGUCCUGUCCGGGUGCCUUCUAGAAGUUUCCAUGCAGGAAAACUGUACUCAGCUCAGGGAGGAUGUUAUUGAAAGACUUGACUCAUUAAUACAAGCAACUCACGUUGCUGUGAGAGGGAGCUCUGAUCACAACGACCUGAGUGACGGCUGGUUGGACAUCAUACGUAUCGAUGCCCCUGGCUCGCCUGUAAACAGCACAAGUGGCAUUUGCCUGGACAUUCCCACCCACCUCUACAUCCGGGUCCUGGUGGCCAAUGCAGGCACUGUGGAAGGGCUGGCUCAGCAGGAGGUGGUGGGCGUUGAGACAAGGUUCUCCACGGUGAACUGGCAGUACCAGUGUGGACUUAUCUGCGAGGAUAAGGCCAGCCUGCUUCCCCUCAGUGCAGCAGUGCAGUUCAUUCAAAUACCUGCACAGUUGCCCCGCCCCUUGACAAGAUUCCAGAUCAAUUUUACAGAGUAUGACUGUAACAGAAACGAUGUGUGCUGGCCACAACUUCUGUAUCCACUGACACGGUAUUAUCAAGGGGAGCCGCAUUCCCAGCGUGUGGCCAAGGGCUUAAUGCUGGCCUGGUUCCUCAUGCUUGCCGUGUUGCUCAGCAAGCCCUGGGCUAGAAUCUACUGGCUGGGUGCCCCAUGGCUCCCUGCCUACAAGUCCUCCUAAUGGCUUGAACUUGUGCAGCCGUGGCUUCUCUGGUCAUCCUUACCUCCUUGGGACAUCUUAAUAAACAAAAUAUCUUUUGUGGAAAAUUCUU